AUGGCCCCGGUGUCCGCCCUUGCCAAGUACAAGCUGGUCUUCCUGGGGGAUCAGUCCGUGGGAAAGACCAGCAUCAUCACCAGAUUCAUGUACGACAAGUUCGACAACACGUAUCAGGUAGCGGCUUGAUCCUUGGCAUCGGCUUCCGGUGGCCGGAGAGGUGCCACUGUUUGGUUUUCCUCAAAUCCUCUGGGCCGUUGAGAUCUCACUUUGGUUAUUGGUCCGUGAACCCCGUGGCUUGUCUGUGUUUUGUUUCUGUCGUGAUCUCACUGGUUUAUGUUUGUUUUAUUUCUCUGUCAUUGCGAGCCUUACGACGAUCUUAUUUUUCUCUAGCAAAAAAAAUGAUGAACUGAAUGAAAUAUUCUGUGAUCCAUCUGUCUUUGAUGACGCUUUUGUCUGUUUUCGCUUUUUUGUUUCACUACUUCCUCGGCAGAGGUCUCUUUAAUACACCUGGGCGACUCGUGGUUAUUUCCCUCCAAGGUACUUAGUAUUCAGACGCACUUCGGGAUUUAUUCCUAAAGCAGUUUUUAUAUCAUACUUUCCCAUCAGAUCCAUCUGUUUAUUUAACAUUUCGGUUUCAGCAUGCUUCCUUCUCAUUUGUUCAUUUUUGAAGCUUGUACUCUUUUGUCUGGCAAUUUUAGCUCUUCAUUGCACUUCUGCCCGUGCUAAUUUCUUUCUCUGUAUGUAUCGAGCUUUUGUCCUCCGUUUUAGCUGUUUGUCCCCUCAAGGGGAUGGAGACAAUGCCCAACUCUGGAGUAUUUCUGUCUCCUAGUCUUGUCAGAGUGGAGAAGCAUGCCCUUGUCAAUGCUUUAACGCAACAUAGUAACAGUGAUCACAAAACAUCAUCACAUUACAAUUGAGAUACCUGAAUGAGGGCCCUAAAUAAAUAAUCAAAGCCUUUCAUUGAUCAAGUCACUUGACUUGAGGUUUAUUAAUUGAUUUCUCAUGUCUUCUCCUAAUGUAAGGGCUUUGAUUGAUCUUCUCACCUGUUAAUUUGUAUAACCCUCUGAUCAUUCGUCUUGUUGUCACUAGUCUGAAGAUCUCAGGUUGCUUUAGUACUGAAACUUUGCUCAUUUCCGUUAUUUAGUUAGCUGGAAACCAAUAUACAAGCUCAUCAUGUGGCCGUAUCAUUUGUACUUCCCUUUUCUCUAGUGACAAGUUUCUUCUCCUUUCGUUCGUCAUACUCAUUAUUGUCUUCUUGUCCAGGCUACUAUUGGCAUUGAUUUUCUAUCAAAGACAAUGUAUCUUGAAGAUAGAACAGUGAGGUUACAGCUCUGGUAUGUUUUUUCUUUCACAAUUCUUGGCGUUCAUGUCGUACAUCUGGUCCUGUUGGCUGCCUAGAAUAUGAUUUUCCUUACGUAUAAUGUGAGCACAGCCUUAGCAUGGCUUUGAGCACAACAUCUUUCUGUGGUCCAUAGCGAUGUUAUGGAAUGGGAUUAUUCAAGAGCAUAUUGAAAGUAUAUUUAUUUACCAUGUGCUUUUGAGUGUAGAAAAAAUGCUUGUGGUUUAUUCCAGCCAUCCCGGGGCAUCAGUGUGCAUCCCACUAAGGUGCUUACCUUGGUGCCUUGGUGAUGCUCAGUUGUAUGCAACGAUAGUAUGCCAACUACACAACCCCAAUCAAGUCCCUUGAAGACCAUGAUUAGUAGAAGCCUGAAAUCCAAUGUCAACAUCAUACAAACGCUAUGCAGGGCCUUUGUCAGGGUACAAAGACAAAAAGUGUAAAAUAUUAUAAAAGCAGCGGUGUAAAACUUUAUCAUAACAAGUCCUUGCAAUCACCGUUUUUGCCUGUAACUAGAAGGUUCUCCUGUGGAUCAGGUGCAGCACCGAUAUAAAAACUUGAAGAAAUGUCCUAUAUUUGUCGUAGUAUUUAAUGUCCUGAUAGAAAAAUAGUUCGAUUUAUCGGUUCAUUAUCGUUAUUCAGAAUGACGUUCCAAUUACGAAUUAUUCCCGUCGUAAAUAUUUAAAAAUAUCUCGUUCUUUGAUUCCUUUUUUUGUUACAGGGAUACAGCUGGACAGGAGAGGUUCAGGAGUCUCAUUCCGAGCUACAUUAGGGACUCCUCUGUUGCUGUCAUUGUAUAUGACGUUGCAAGUAAUCACCGGUCUAAGACCAUGCUUUAAGAACACACAAGCUGUCUCAUUUCAGUUCUAAAUGAUCCUGGAUAUUAGCAAAUACAUUUUAGUGGCUUUAGCUUUCGGUCUGUUCUUUCAAUUGAGGGAAGACCGAAAGAUUCGGGUUAUCAAGUAUCCGUGUGGAAGGUUUCAGGCAUAAUCAUACUAUCUUCAUGAAACUAAUCAUUAUCAUUAAGUACAUGCCCACGAGAAGGAUUCUUUUUUUCUUUUUGGUUUUUCUGAAGCGCGCCAACAAUUGUAUAACUUCAAUUCUUUGCUUUAUUUUGUUCCCUUCCAUCUUGCUAGUAAUGGCAUCUUCUUAAUAUAGGUCGACAGUCUUUUUUGAACACUUCAAAGUGGGUCGAGGAGGUCCGAACUGAGAGGGGCAGUGAUGUUAUCAUUGUCCUGGUUGGCAACAAAACGGACCUUGUGGAGAAAAGGUAACCUGUAAACUUUUUUCUUGAUUAUACUUGUAAUGAAAAUUUUCUUUGUUUGGUGAUCUAUGCAUCCUACAGUUCAUUUUCUGAGCUAAUUUUUUUUUUUAGUUACUGUUCUUGGUAUUCUUCAGAGCCUUAUCUCAUGAAAUAUCUGAAAAUGUUUGCCUGAAUUGUAUAAAACUUCAACUUGUGCAUACAGAAGCACAAUUUCGGAUAAUCAAUGCAUGUGGUUUGGGUUCUAGUAUGAUUAAUCUUGAAAAAGUGAACCCCAAUGCUCAUGGAGACAACGAUUUAUUGCAUACCCUGUGCUACUUGUUGAGGGUGUAUGGUAGGCUGAUUUAUAAUCUCUGGAUCUGCCAGGUGCAAAGCCAUCCCCUCAAAUAAGUAAAUUUGAAUGUUCGGUCGAGUGAUUGAUUGGGAUUUUCUUUGGGGAUCGGUCGUGAAAUGUGCUUUCUUCGUCAUAUCACAGUUUCCUAUUAAAAUUGUGUUUAUUGCUUGAAUAUGAUUUACUGUGAAGCUAUUAAAAUUGUGAAGCUGGUUUCGAUUGAUUAUGAUUUAUUGUGAAAAGGGUCGACUUUGUUGCUCGACUUUGUUGGUCGAGUGAUUGAUUGGGAUCAAACAGUCGCCAUGACACUAUUUGAAGUGCACAGACAUUAUCUGAAACCAGUCUUGAUGACCUGCGCAUUAAUAGUAACGGUUUUAAAGAGGGCCAGAAGCCAUUGAUCCUAGGUUUUCAUUUGAGUUGAGCUGGCCUUUUAGAAGAAAUAUGAACCGGUUAUCUUCCAUCAAUCGAAAUCAGCUCUUUAAACUCGAUACCACUAAAAGAAUUAUUUUUCCACUAAGAGACUGGUUAUACCUCUUUCCUAAGUAUUAAUAUACACUAUUUUUUUCGAAAAUUCCACUUAUACUGUAAAGAAUUUUCAUGGUCAACUGCAAAGUCAUGGUGUUAUGAUUUUAAAAAAAAUAUACAUUAAUGGUUGCUGUGAUGAUGGAGAUUCUACCUUUGCUGGUAUCAAAGGAUAGAGUUCAAAUCUUUAUAAGAAAUUCACAUUGCAUCUUGAUUGGUAUACUAAAUUCCUAAAAUAAAUAACAUUUUCAAAAUGAAGAAGUUGUUACAGAUGUUAGAGCAGGGUGUUCUUUGAAGGUUUCCUUUGACCAAUCUGAUUCAACAUUACGUUUUGAGCUUAUUCAGCCCCCUCCCAAACUAUUGCUAGAGCAGAGUAAAUAUUGGUCUGUGUAUUUUAACUUCAGCUACAAGAUCUAGCAGUCCCAUUCAAUCCGGGACUAUUUCAGUUCACAAUAAUGUGAAGAAAUUAUAUAUUUUUUUAAUGAAAAUUCGGCUGAAAAUAGAAAAAAGAGAAAAUAAUAGAAUCUAGUAGAUCCGUAUAUGUUAAACUCAAGAUUUGAUUGAUCUGGCUCGUGAACGAUGAAGCAUGAGGUUUCCAAACUCGGACAAAAUCUGAAACUCUGACGCUUAAGACUAAUUGGCAUUUGUUAUAAUAAAUUCAUAUAUUUGACCACAUAAUUUAAUCAUCCCAUUUGAAUGUUGGAGUCUUUUAGUAUUUUUCUUAAUAUUUCUUUAUCAUGGUCCAGAGUACCAAGUUCUUGCUUAUACAGCAUGAAUAUCAGAAUGAUCAAGAACAUUAAGUGGGGAUUAAUCGUUGACCAUUCCAUUCUGUUUGAUCAAUGCUGUCCAGUUCAUCAAAAUCUGGGUUUGGUCGCUCUUAAAUCUCCAUCUCCCUCGGAGAUGUGCAGGUUGAUCCUUUGCAUAUAUUGUUGUUCACUCAUUACACCACAUGCACCGCAUAGAUGUCAGAAUGAUCAAGAACAUUAAGUGGGGAUUAAUCGUUGACCAUUCUAUUCUGUUUGAUCAAUGCUGUCCAGUUCUUCAAAAAUCUGGGUUUGGUUGCACUUAAAUCUCCAUCUCCCUCGGAGAUGUGCAGGUUGAUCCUCUGCAUAUAUUGUUGUUCACUCAUUACACCGCAUGCAUUGCGUACAUGGAAGAAUGACGAAGAACAUCAAUCCAGGAUUAAACAUCACUCAAUUUGAUUAUUCAUAUCCGAUGACGGCCAGUUCCCGAGAAUCUGCAGUUGGAUCAUCGCCAUCAUACCCUUUACUCUUUAAUGCCACAGGCAGGUCUCCAUUGAAGAAGGAGAGACGAAGGCUCGGGAGGUUGGCGUCAUGUUCAUCGAGACCAGUGCAAAAGCUGGUUUCAAUAUUAAGGUGACGAUUCUAAUCUGAUCUUCCUCCUCUGUUCUUCCCUUUGGAUCGUUAAUCUCUUUGUGAUUCUCGGAUGAACCUGCUGUCUCUGCCUUCCUGCAGGCUCUCUUCCGCAAGAUCGCCGCCGCAUUGCCAGGCAUGGAGACGAUCUCCUCGGCGAAGCAGGAGGACAUGGUUGAUGUCAACCUGAAGUCCUCUGCUGCAGGCGGCUCCCAGUCGCAGACCCCGUCCGGCGGCUGCAGCUGUUGA